ACGAAGUGACACUAAACUGAAAAAAAUGGGACUCCCGCAAAAGGCCAAAGAUAUAAGGAGUAUUCUCUAAGCCAAUCUAUAAGUAUCUACGUAUCUGCAUAUAAGCUAUUCCCCAAGAUGGGGGAGCUUUAGAGACUUGUAAAGAUGAUCUAUUGAUCUCUCACCAAGCACAUAUAUCGAGUGAAGCGAAAGACGUUGAUUCGCAGUAAAAAGAUCCCAUAAGCGACCGGAUACUUCGGAAUUCAACUCUCGACAAUCAUCGCAGAACCCGCUCGCAUUCCCUUUUUGUUCGGUUUAGUGUCACUUUGAAUCGUGGGAUCCCAGCAAUCCUUGCCUGACAUUUUCUGUACUUGACCCUUCAAAUAUUCAUUUUAGGCUCUGAAUCAAAAUUUCGGUUUUUCAUAAAAAAAAUUCCAAUUUCAAAAUUCCCAGCAAUGGUCGUCGGUGGUGGUUUACAGAGAUCAAAGCCCAAGGGCAAGGCCAGUAGCUGUGGUGCCAUCAAUCGCGUGCCCUUGCGGACAAGUGGUAUCUCGGCGAUCGAUUCGACGGCUCUUAAUGCGCGGCGCAUCAGCCGCAAUCCCCGCUCCGCAGCGGGGGCCCUGGCGCUGGGCGGAAGGAUUGCUGGGAGCCUGGGAGCUGCAACGAUGGGUAUCAACACGGGACGCGUCUCCACUUUGGGAAGGGGGGGUGCGGGCACGGGCGCCCAAACCCCGAAGCUGCUGUCGACAAACGGCCAAGAGUUCCAACGAUCGCCUCCAUUUCGCAGGGGAGCAGUCUCUGCCGUAUUUACCCCCCUUACGUCUGUUGCCAAAGUUCCUUCUGCCAAGACGUGCUCUAGUGCCAGCGCACCGAACAUAGUGUCCGUCCAUUCGGCCCUCAAGAAGAGCUCGCUGUCCCGCAGGGUGCGCGGCGGCAAGGUGGUCGACGCCAGUGCCAAGCGUCGGGUCAAGUUCUCGGCCAAUGUGCAUACCUUCCCCUUGACACCCACCAAGAAGUCGUCGCGCAUCGGCGAACUGCAGCUGAAGAAGCGCGUGAAGAAGCUGAAGCGUAAUCGAACGCGCAAGGAGGGCGGCAGUGGCAUCCUCAGCGAAGGCCGCGUUGGCUUUGGCCUGAGCAGCACCGGCAUCGCAGGAUCUAGGUCCGGUCAUGACGACAAACAGCCCGGCAACAUUGUAAAUGUGCAAGCGGCGCCAAGGAUUCCCAGGAAAAGGCUUGCUGCUGCAUCAGGAUCAAGGGCACAUCCCAUUAGUAUAAAGAAGAGGAUUGCAACUCCUCCUUCGGCCACAAUAUUUAAUACCAGGUAUCCGAGUGGCAGCGUUAUAUUCAGCGCCGCUAAGGAGAGGACCAGUCCUGAGAAGGGACAGGCCAACAGCAAGCUGCGUACAGCAACCCCCUCCCGUCUGGGCCACACUCCAGUCGCAGGUGUCCACCGCAGGAAGACCACUCCGGAGACCAGUCCAAAGAGCGCUCUUCGACGCCGCAAAAGCCAUGGACAAGUCCGAGGGGGGCGAGCAACCGGAGCGUCAUAACCAGAAGCGCCGUCUCGA